CAUGAGUGACGACGAAGAUCUCGAUUUGUCUUUAAGGUUAUAUACACAACCAAAAAAAACCGUUAAUGAGAAAAACGGGUUGGUUCCUCAAAGACAAGAGGAACAAGGCGAGGUCAUGCAACUCUUGACAUCAGAUCCUCCACAAAAUACCCAACCCUCUCCUCCUCAACCAAAUGACAUGACUUCUUUUGCCAACGGAACAAACCAUGUGAUUGUUCCCACGCAGGCUCUUGAGCAAGCUGUACCGCCCCCAAACGUCUCAGUGAGGACCCCAUUGCCUUAUCAACCUUCAGAAGAAGUCCUUCCCCCUCCUCAACUGAACCAGGUUGCCACCGUGGCCUUGGCAACUCCCCGCAGAGGUCGUCCACCAGGAGGACAAGCACGUCGUAACUCAAAAAGACCGGUGGCUGGGGUUGAAAGAAACGUAGGUGACAGGGAGAUCGUACCACCGUAUCCAUGGGCCACCAAAAAGCCAGGCAAAAUCCAGUCUUUCAGAGACUUGUCUUCCAACAAUAUAAACGUCAUCUCUGGACAAGUCCACUGCAAAACUUGCGAUAGGACCGACACGGUUGAAUAUAAUCUGGAGGAGAAAUUUUCGGAAUUGUAUGGAUACAUUAAGGUGAACAAGGAGGAGAUGCGCCAUCGAGCCCCGGGUAGUUGGUCAACCCCGAAACUGAUUCCGUGUAGGACAUGCAAGAGUGAGAUGAAGCCUGUGAUGUCCGAGAGGAAGGAAGAAAUUAACUGGUUGUUUCUUCUGUUAGGGCAAAUGUUGGGAUGCUGUACUUUGGACCAACUAAGGUACUUUUGUCAGUUGAAUUCUAAACAUCGAACCGGUUCUAAGGAUCGUGUUGUCUACAUAACUUAUCUUAGUCUAUGCAAACAGCUCGACCCCGAAGGACCAUUUAACCUGUGACUUAUAAGAAGAUCAGAUCGUAUCUUUAGCGUUUGCUUUUGGUUUGCAUCGUAAGUUUAUUUUUUUUUAUUUUUUUGCAUCGUGUUUCUCUUUAGGGUUUUGAGGAUGACGAUUACUUUUAUUGAUAAUUUGCGCUUUUGUAUUAUUAUUUCUUGUGAUAAUUACUCUGGUAAUCAAUACGAAAAAUACUUUAUUUAAAUUAAGGAUAUAUACUC